GGACCAAAGAUUAUCGAGCUCCUCUGUAAUCUUCGGACAGACCAGAUCAGGACCGGCUGCAGCAGCAACAAGCGGCGGGACACCACACCACACGACAGGCCGGGCCGGGCCGGGCCGGGCCUCGCCUCUGCGGGCGGCGACUCCACUGUCGCCGGGCUCCUUCGUGGUGUCACCGUAGUCCGAUUUUGAUAAACAGCAACAGAAAAUGGCAACUGACAAUAUGGAAAUUGAUGAUUCCUUAUACAGUCGUCAACGCUAUGUCCUCGGAGACCAUGCAAUGUGUCAGAUGGCUCAGUCUUAUGUUUUCCUAAGUGGUAUUGGUGGACUAGGCAUUGAGAUUGCAAAGAACAUUAUUCUUGCGGGUAUAAAGGCACUUACCAUCCAUGAUACCAAACUAUCUGAAACUUGGGAUCUAGGGUCUAAUUUCUUUUUGCAUGAGGAUGACAUUGCCAGUCAAAGAAACAGAGCCAAGGCCACCAUGUUACAACUUGCUGAGCUGAAUCCUUACGUCCAGGUCAAUUCUUCCAACAUCCUUUUGGAUGAAAAUACAGAUCUUAGUUUUCUGCAGCAUUAUCAGUGUGUGGUAUUAACAGAGACUAGACUAUCACUUCAAAAGAAGAUUAAUAACUUUUGCCGUUCUCAUCAGCCACCCAUCAAGUUCAUUAGUGCUGAUGUCUAUGGAGUGUUCUGUCGCGUAUUCUGUGAUUUUGGAGACCAUUUUGAUGUAUCGGACCCAAGUGGAGAAGAACCUAAGGAAAUCUUCAUUCAUAGUAUCACACAGUCUAAUCCUGGAAUCGUAACAUGCAUGGAUAACGCUAACCAUGGGUUGGAAACAGGACAAUUUGUAACGUUUCGGGAAAUCAACGGGAUGACAGAGUUAAAUGGAUCUGUUCUGCAAGUAACAGUUUUAUCCCUAUAUUCAUUCAGUAUUGGAGAUACUUCAAGCCUCGGCCCAUAUUUGCAUGGAGGAAUCGCUGUGCAGCUGAAAAUGCCCAAAACCUUUACAUUUGAAAAUUUGGAGACUCAACUUUUAAAUCCUCGAUGCUUUAAUGUGGACUUCAGCAAACCUGAGGCACCCUUGCAGAUUCACACAGCAAUGCUGAGCUUGGAUACAUUUCAGGAGCAGCACAAACGCCUGCCGAACAUAGGGUGUCUUCAGGAUGCAGAGGAAGUGAUGAAAUUGGCUGUAACUUUAAAUGAAACACUGAAAAAUAAGACUACAGUUAAUCAGGCUGUUGUAAAGUGGCUCUCGUGGACAGCAAGAGGAUGUCUGCCCCCUCUUACUGCUGCUUUUGGCGGAAUCGUUAGUCAGGAAGUCUUGAAAGCCCUAACAGGAAAAUUUUCUCCUCUUCAGCAGUGGCUAUAUUUUGAUACAAUGGAGAUAUUUGAGACUCUAGACAGCACGAACAGUGAUCAGUUCCAACCACGAGGAGAUCGAUAUGACGCUCUGCGUGCAUGUGUUGGAGAAUCUAUCUGUCAUAAACUCAGGAACCUUAAUGUUUUCAUAGUUGGAUGUGGUGCAAUUGGUUGUGAAAUGCUUAAAAACUUUGCUCUGCUUGGGAUUAGCACUGGUUCUGAACAGGGAAUGAUUACCAUCACCGACCCUGAUUUAAUUGAAAAAUCGAAUUUAAACAGACAAUUUCUCUUCAGACCACAACACAUACAGAAACCAAAGAGUUACACUGCUGCAGCAGCCACCUUGACGAUCAAUCCCCAGAUGAAAAUAGACUCUCACCUGAACAAAGUGUGUCCAUCUACUGAGAACAUUUACAAUGAUAACUUUUAUACCCAUGUCGAUGUUGUGGUUACUGCAUUGGAUAAUGUGGAAGCAAGGAGAUAUGUCGACAGUCGAUGUGUAUCAAAUCAAUGUCCUCUUCUGGAUUCAGGAACUAUGGGUACAAAAGGACACACAGAGGUCAUUGUGCCAAAACUGACAGAAUCAUACAACAGCCAUCGAGAUCCUCCUGAAGAAGAAAUCCCAUUUUGUACAUUGAAAUCCUUCCCAGCAUUAAUUGAACACACAAUACAAUGGUCCAGAGACAAGUUUGAAAGCUCCUUUUCAUACAAACCUUCAAUGUACAACAAGUUCUGGGAUACAUACAUAUCAAUAGACAAUGUUCUGAAGCGGAUGGAAAAAGGAGAGAGCUUAGAAGGAUCAUUUCAAGCUGUUAAAUUAAUUAGUAGAUGGCCUACAGACUGGCAUCAUUGUGUAUCAUUGGCACGAGUAAAAUUUGAAAAAUACUUCCAUCACAAGGCUGUACAACUUCUCCACUCAUUCCCUUUGGACACCAAACUAAAAGAUGGAAGCUUAUUUUGGCAGUCACCAAAAAGGCCGCCCUGUCCAAUACAGUUUGACAUAAAUGAUGAGUUGCAUUACUCUUUUAUCGCAAGUGCAGCAAGACUCUUUGCAGCUAUUUACAGGAUCCCUUAUACAGAACAGGAUAUAUCUAAAGAAAGUGUUUCCCGGCUAUUGUCUGAAGUUAAGAUUCCAAAAUUCACGCCAUCUGCAAAACAAAUCGAAACAGAUGAGAAUGUAAAGAAAUCUGACCAGGCAAAACUUUCUGUAAGCAGUGAAGAGGAAAGAGUGGCCAUUGAAUUGUUAAACCAAGCGAGAAGAGUAGGGGUGGCAAAUAAAGAUCAUCUCCACAUGAUGCCAGUCUCCUUUGAAAAAGACAACGACAUCAAUGGACAUAUUGACUUUAUAACGGCAGCAUCCAACAUACGAGCAAAGAUGUACAACAUUGAUACAGCAGACAGGUUAAAGACAAAGAGGAUAGCUGGACGGAUCAUUCCUGCCAUCGCAACUGCAACUGCUGCAGUAUCGGGGCUGGUUGCUCUCGAGUUAAUCAAACUUGUUGGACGCCAUCCAUUUGAAGCAUAUAGAAAUUGUUUCUUUAAUCUGGCUAUUCCCAUCAUAGUAUUUACUGAGCCAGCUGCUGUAAAGAGGACACAAAUAAGGAAUGACAUUUCAUUCACAAUCUGGGAUCGAUGGACAAUUUAUGGAGCAGCAGACUUUACGCUAUUAAAUUUCAUAGAUGCUGUGAAAGAAACUUAUAAAGUUGAGCCAACAAUGGUGGUACAUGGAGUGAAGAUGUUGUAUGUGCCUGUCAUGCCAGGGCAUGUGAAACGACUGAAGUUAACGAUGCAGAAGCUCGUGAAACCAACAGUGGACAGAAAGUAUGUAGACUUGACUGUAUCAUUUGCUGCCGAAUCUGAUGGUGAUGAAGACUUACCAGGUCCUCCAGUGAGAUAUUAUUUCAGACCAGAGGCGAAUGGAGCCCAGCCUUGUUAAGGAUGCUACAAACCGUCUUACCAAUUUCCACAGAGGAUUAAAAGCACCCACUUAAUUUACUUUCUUGUGAUGUAAAUGGCUCUCUAAUCUCUAGCAUUUGUCUUCAGGUGCAGACUGCCUUAACAGCGGUAAUAAAAUAUGUGUUUUCAAAUA